AUGGUGGCCGAGCCUUGGUUAGUUAAAAUUGGAAGCCAUGUGAGUUCCAAUCUCAAGCAUGCCCUCCUCUUAGAACCCUCUUCCAAAAAGUCCACCAGAAACAAGCAAGAAAUUCAAAGCAAAACACCGGAAACAAUCGGAAUUCUCUCGUUUGAGGUUGCCAAUGUGAUGUCAAAAACCGUUCGACUCCACAAAUCUUUAACCAAUUCAGAGAUAUCCAAGUUGAAAACCCAAAUUCUCUUCUCCGAUGGCGUCAAAACCCUAGUCUCCUCCGACGAAACCUACCUUUUAGACCUCGCGCUUUCGGAGAAGCUAGAAGAAUUGAAUUUCAUCGCCGGCGUCGUCUCCAGGCUCGGCAAGAAGUGCACAAUCCCUCAGCUUCAAGGAUUUCAACAUGUUUACAGAGAUAUAGUCAGUGCAGCCAUGGAUGUUACGGAAUUAGGGUUCCUGGUGAAGGAUAUGGACGCAAUGAUGCGAAAAUUCGAGCGCUUUGUUAAUUCCACAACCACUCUCUACGGAGAAAUGGAGGUCUUGAACGAAUUAGAGAUUACAACGAAAAAAUUCCAACAAAACCAGCACGAAGAAAGCAGAAAAGUCUUCGAGCAGAAAUUGAUUUGGCAGAUCCAAGAUGUUCGCCACCUGAAGAACGUUUCACUAUGGAAUCAAACUUACGAUAAAGUCGUCGAGAUGCUAGCAAGAACUGUAUGUACUCUUUACGCUCGAAUCUUUUCAGUUUUCAAUGAUUCAAUUUCCCGAAGAGAGAUGUUCUCAUCUAGCAACACGUUAAAUUCAUCUAGAAGUUCUGCUCAAAACUCGAAUCAAAUUAGUGGUUCUUGUAGUUCGAGCUUAGUGGAGAAGAAGAUAGUCAGUGUCAAUCCACAGAUUCAAACAAAAAAAGGGGAAACGAAUCUUUUCAAAGCCGAAGAUUUCAAUUUUGCUUGUGGAUUGGGACCAAAGAGACUGUUUAUGGAAUGUUUAACCAUGAACACUUCAAAAUUACACGAUUUCAACGAUGGAUCUGUAUCUAUUCCAGUAACCGAUGAUCAAAGCAGCCAUGUUUCUGGUUCUUGUAGCGUUUCAAGUAGCUUAAAGAAAGAGAUUACAAAUAUUCAGGGGUGUAAUGGUAAUUUGAUAAAGAUUCAUAAAACUGUUCCACAGAUCAAAUUAAUGGUGAAACCACCUCCCAACACCAUUGGAGGCUCUGCUUUAGCAUUACACUAUGCCAACAUUAUCAUCGUGAUUGAGAAAUUACUUCACUACCCUCAUUUAGUUGGAGAAGAAGCUAGAGAUGAUCUAUAUCAAAUGUUACCAAAAAGUUUAAGAUUAGUUUUAAAGAGAAAUCUAAAGUCUUUUUCAAGAAAUUUAGCGAUUUAUGAUGCCCCUCUUGCACAUGAUUGGAAAGACAGGCUUGAUGGGAUACUAUCAUGGCUAGCACCCAUGGCACACAACAUGAUUAGGUGGCAAACUGAGAGGAACUUUGAACAACAACACAUCAUGUCAAGAUCAAAUGUUCUUCUUUUGCAAACUUUGUAUUUUGCAGAUCGAGAUAAGACAGAGAAUGCCAUUUGUGAGCUUCUUGUGGGGUUGAAUUAUAUUUGUCGAUAUGAACAUCAACAAAACGCGUUAUUGGAUUGUGCAAGUAGUUUUGAUUUUGAUGAUUGCACGGAUUGGCAAUUGUAG